AUGCUCCUGAUCGAUUUCGUUCACGAGAUGCGAGAUAUUGUAGUGCACAAGUGUGCGCGCAAGACAAGUGCACUCUCUAUUCCUGUCACUCUCAUGCUCUGGUGGGACGACACGAGUCACGACCAGGUCAGAUCAAGAACAUCAUAUUUACGGACAUAUAACGGUGUUGUCUCGACAUUCGGUAAUUAUAGAAGCGUAAUACCACUGUCAACAACGCGACUGGCUUUAAAAGAUGAUAAAGUAAAAGUAACCUUUCACCUUUACGAUGGAAGGACUUUAGAAGCGGAAGGCAAGGUGGGGGACAGUUUGCUAGAUGUUGUAGUGAAUAAUGACUUGGAUAUAGACGGCUUUGGUGCCUGCGAGGGUACCGUGACAUGUUCCACAUGCCAUGUUGUGUUGAAACAGGAGGAUUAUGACAGAUUACCAGAGGAAGCUGCGGAUGAAGAACGCGACAUGUUGGAUUUAGCCUACGGUCUGACAGACACCUCUCGCUUGGGAUGUCAAAUAAAUCUUACUAAAGAGUUAGAUGGACUUGAGAUAAAAGUGCCCGAGAGUGUGAACGAUGCAAGGAGU